UGCGUAUCACACUACGUAUUAUACUUCUCAGAAAAAAGAGAUCAAGAAAUUGUUCAUAUGCUGUAUUUGCACCGAACUGUACAGCCAAAGGUACUUCCUUGUCAGCAUACAUUCUGUCUGCAGUGUCUCGAAAAGUGCGUGAGGUUUCACAUUAGUAUUUCACAAUCAGGGAAACUUAUAUGCCCAAUAUGUCGUGCCGAACAUUCGAUUCCGUCAGGAGGAGUAAAGGCCUUCCCAGUAAGUGCGGGUUCACUCUUAACCAGCGAAUGUUUCGUUUCACAACCAUUAACAUUAUAUCUUUUCAAUCUAACUACACUAUUAUCGACCUUCUCAACAAUCCUGCNUCCUGCUUUAGUCGCACAGACUUCUGACAACGAGGAAAUUCAGAAUCAUGGGUGA